AUGGAACGCAAGGUCUGUUGGAUUUUUCAGCAAACGAGGGAGAUUAAAGCAGCCUUCUCCAAGGACAACCAUAUUGACAGUACGUGGGUUGCGCCAAACAAGAGUGAGCUACAUUGGUCACCACCUCAAGAUGGCUGGUUUGUGAUCAAUACUGAUGUGUCUUUCACUAGCCCGAACAAUCCAACUGGCUAUGGUGCGGUCCUUAAAGACAAUACAGGGGCAUGGAUAGGAGGCUUUAGCUGCAGAGUUAAGGCGAUCAUGCCACAGAAGGAGAAUGCGGUGUUAUCAAUUGUGCACUUGGGUGGACAUGGGGAAAAGGGAGAGUUCGAGAUAUUAGGGCCUGCCAGAGAUAUUGUCCAUGCAUGUAAGGAUUGGGUUCAAAGGAAUUGGGUGGUAAAGAUAACCCACAUCCAUCGGGAUCACAACCGGGUGGAUGACAGACUUGCUAGGAUUGCCGUUAGGGAAGGUCGUGACUGGAUUGAGUUUGGUGCGCCUCCCAACGAUGCUCGUAAGUACUAUGAGGAGGACAGACUCGGUGCCUUGGCGCAUAAUGUUUUGUUUUAG